AGCCGCUGGAAGCUCGUUCUCGCACUCUCAGUUCGCAUUCAAAUUCGCGGUUUUUUCUGGAAGCUAAGAUCAUUGGCACUUGCUUCAUUCCAACGUGUAACGGUGCUAGGCGCGGAUGCAACAGUAUUAAUUUUAAUUAUUUAUAAAAGUGUUAGUGAAUAUUCGGUGGAAAAAGAAACCAAACAACCUAGGAGUAGCCAUGGACAUGCAGCGCCCCAUAACAUCCGGCAGCAGGCAGGCCCCGGAUCCCUACGAUCAGUACUUGGAGAGCCGCGGACUCUACCGGAAACAUACGGCCCGGGACGCUUCCAGUUUGUUUCGGGUGAUCGCCGAGCAGAUGUACGACACCCAGAUGCUGCACUACGAAAUUCGAUUGGAGUGCGUCCGCUUCAUGACCCUAAAACGGCGCAUUUUCGAAAAGGACAUUCCAGGUGAUUUUGAUAGCUAUAUGCAGGACAUGUCUAAGCCCAAGACCUAUGGAACCAUGACGGAACUCCGCGCUAUGUCCUGCUUGUAUCGACGCAAUGUUAUCUUGUAUGAGCCCUACAACAUGGGCACCAGCGUAAUUUUCAAUCGUCGCUAUCCGGAUCAUUUUCGCGUCUUUUUCAACAACGAGAAUCACUUCGAUUCGAUCUAUAAAGUGAAGUAUAUAGAAACUGCGGCCAUUUGUCAGUCGCUCGCCUUUAAGCUGCUGUACCAGAAGCUCUUCAAACUACCCGAUGUAUCAUUUGCCGUGGAGAUUAUGUUGCAUCCGCACUCUUUCAAUUGGGACAGGUUCGACGUGGAGUUCGACGACAAGGGCUAUAUGGUUCGCAUUCAGUGCGCCGAUGGUCGUAACUUCGCGCUCGAUCUUCCUGAGAGCACCAACUGCAUAUUGGAAAACUUUAUGCUGUGCAAUUUCCACAGCACCAGUGGCAAUCAGGUCAACAAUUGUCGAAAGGGGGGUCGGCGGGAGAUCAAAAACCAGGAGGAUCGAAAGCAGACUGGCAGCAAUGGCCACGAACCAACCGACCAGCUACCCAUGUGUCCCAACCGAUUGGAGUCCUGUGUACGCCAGCUUCUGGAUGAUGGGAUCACACCGUUUCCCUAUAAGGUGGCCAAGUCCAUGGACCCAUAUAUGUAUCGGAACAUUGAAUUCGAUUGUUGGAACGAUAUACGCAAGGAGGCGAAGCGCUAUAAUGUCUACGUCAAUGACUAUAAUUUUAAGGUGGGCGCCAAGUGCAAGGUGGAAUUGGAGCCCGAUUCGGAGAUGUACACGUGCCACAUUCAAAUCAUCUCCAAAGACAAGACAUACUGCGUCGUCUUUGUGGAGGCGAUUGGCAAGAUGCUAGGGGUUCCCUAUGACUCGCUGCAUCCCCUGCCCCCAGACGAGUAUCGUCCAUGGGCGUUGCCAUUCCGCUAUCAGCGCCAGAUGAACCGCAUGCCGAUGGCCAAGUUUGCUGGCAAAGCGAAUAAGAACUCAAAGUGGAAGAAGAACAAGGUUUUCGAAAUGGGUCAGUACUUUGAGCCCAGCAAAUGCAAUUUGUUGCCGAUGCAGGGCUACAUGCCAGUGGAGAAUUGCUACCAGGAGAUGCACCACCAGGGAGAUGAGCAGCGCGAUCCAAUGGAUCCCGAUCAGAAUAACCAGAAUCCGUCUGCGGAUCAGCGGGAUCGCGAGGAGCUGCAGAAACAACACCUGCAGCGCUCGAAGGGGUUGCCUCAACGGCAGAACUCGAAUUCCAGCCAAAACCCAGAGUCUCCAGUUUCGACUGUUCCACCGCCGACUCAGUAUAUAAACUAUUUGCCCCUGUUGCCGGGCCGCCCUGGCCAGGUUCCACCUCCUUGGCCCUCGUCUCCGCUGGCUGUUUCAGAGGAGUUUCAGUUUCCUAUGUCUGGGCCUCCGCAUCCUCAGCACACUGAUGGUUGUGUAUACAUGCCUUUUGGAGGAUACGGACCACCGCCACCAGGAGCUCUAGCCUUGCCAGGACCGCACCCGUUCAUGCCGCUUCCUCCUCCACCGCUAAGUUCUCCCGGAGUUGGCGAACCACGUCGUUCCCUUAACCUUAAUGGCGAGGACUUACCAAUGGAUAUGAUGACUUUAAGAUAUUUCUACAAUAUGGGCGUGGAUAUGCAUUGGCGUAUGGCCCAUCACGCGCCACCUGAGGAUCCUCCGAUUUUUGGCUACAAUUCCCAGAACAACACGGACCAACAGACAGGAAGGAAUGGAUCAGGAGAGGAGCAUUUGGGGGUCGAGACCACACCACCACCUUCGCCAGAGGCGGGAAAUGGCACGGAGCAGCCGUCGCUGGAGAAAGCCGCCUUCUCCAAGCGCAAUUUGAAUGCGGGAAAAGCCCGCGGUAUACGUCCGGAGCAGCUGCAAGAUCUAAAGGAUCCGCUAGGGCCGGCGACCUUUUUACCCACUCCCACACCGUCGCCCAGCUCUAAUAGCAGUCAGUUUAGUUUCUUUAAUUCGCCACCGCCGCAUCAUCUGAUGUCGCCGCCGAGGCUGCUCCAACCACCGCCUCCGAUAUUUUACCACAAGGCUGUACCACCUCAGAUGCCGGGAACAGCACCAGGGCAGAAUCCCUAUCCCUGGGGCAUGCCAGCUCCGGUAGUGGGCCCCUACGAGGUGAUUAACAACUAUAACAUGGAGCAGCCGGUUCAGCCACAACAACAGCAACCGCAACCAGCCCCGGUGCCCAUCCAAACCCAGCCAGCAGCCGUCUAUGCUGCACCGCGUCAUCACUAAAACGGGGAAAAAUCAGAUCACUUCGAAGAGAGAGGCCAUUCCCAAUGAGUGCUUGCCAUUCGAACCAAUGACUUUUUAAAUUUAAUCUCAUUUUUAAAUUUGUAGUCAACUUUUAAAAGGCCACCUGCUCGAUGGCGCUUUUUCAAUAACCAUUCAGCUUCUGUACAACAAUCGAAUGCAUAAUUUAACGUAAAUGUCAACACAACUUCAUUUUAAACUAGUAAUUUCACGUAAUUUUAUGCGAUUUUUUUAAAGAUAGCAACGGUAGCCGACAAGAAAACAAAGAACAACCUAUUUAUAUGAUUUAUUUAAAACCCUUCCAUCUAUUUACUCUUAUAUAUUUAUGUACUUGCUGUUCGGCAAGAGACUCACCUAUGUAAAGUGUACUAACCAUAAAUAAAACAACAUUCGAGUAUAACGCACAAGACAAUA